AUGCAGAGGCUCAUGGCUGCUCGAAGCUUUAAUGAUGGACCACAACCGCUCAGUGGGAAGCAAGUUUUCAAAGUAAUUUUUGUAACCUUGUUUGAAUAUCUCACUCGUAUCAAGGAAGCAACUAUCAAAAAUCCGGACAUACGUGAUCUAGCGGAACAAAUGGGACGUUGGUUCGACGAAUGGGUAACAGCGUUACGAUUUGGUUCCUCGUUCAGCGACGAAUGCAAUACCUACGACGAGGAUAAACGUCAGCUCAGAGAAAAAGUAGUACUUGUCACCCGCGAAGAACGCCCAAGUCGUCAGGGCGCAACUACGGAGGGUCUCAUCGCAACACUUCAGCGCAAUUGUGAUUACGAUGGCCCUGGAGAACGGCGAGAGAAAGGACCGAGGCAUGACAAUGACAAAGUUUCCAUAUCAGACAUUCGCGUUGCUCCAACCAACGAGGAGCUAGCUUGCUAUGAUGACCCAUUUUUGCCGGGAAACUUUGCCGAGGCACCCCACUUUUAUGAUUCCAAAAGUGUCGAGAGAUUGAUCGACGUGCAGUUCCGUUUGUUGCGCGAAGAGCUAAUCGCUCCGAUUCGUAUGGCUACCCAACUCAUCAUGUCUGACCUCCGAAAACCGGACGAUGCAACAACGAUCUUAUCGAAAUUAAUCAAGGAUGGUGGAGGACGCUAUAGGGCUCCUGCUAAUACACAAGAGUCCGUCAUCUUCAGCACUUCGGUCGGCAUCGAAUUCGAUACGCCUCCUGGAAAAGCUAGAGAUAAACAGACCCAGCCUCGAGUGGAAUACUGGGAACAAGUUUCCAAGAAACGGCUCAUGUUAGGGGGCCUUGUUGCUUUGGUCUGGAAGGAUCUCACCGGUAGUGUGGAUAUAUACGUUGGAACAGUAGCAAGCACGCCUCGGGAUCUAGCUGAAGCUGCCAAGAAGAGCAAGGAUCGUAUUGCGUUGCGUGUAUCUUUUUUCGAUGCGGCGGCAGAGCUUCGGAUAGUACAGUCGCUUCAAAAUCGACAGAAUCAUGGAACCAAGAUUCUAAUCGAGGCGCCCGUUUUCUACGAGGGAAUCCGACCAUUCCUCGAGGCCUUAAAAGCCGAUCCCGCGCGCCUUCCUUUUGCACAAUAUCUCGUUCACCAAAGCGAAAUCGAACUCCAGCAAACGAUGAUCGCCGCGCCUUUAUAUUCACGCACUCCCGGUUUCUCUUUCGAGCUGAAAGACCUGUUUUCUCCGUCCGCCGGCGUUCCCACACUCCGAAUGUCCACCACCAAUCCUGAUUCUGUAGCCAAUGCCCGUAAUCGUCUUCGAAAUAGUCGGCUGGACCCCAGUCAAGCCGAAGCCGUAAUUGACUCACUCACUCGCGAGGUUUCCUUGAUACAAGGACCACCAGGAACUGGCAAGAGUUACACCGGUUUAGAGCUAAUAAGAGUUCUCAUCAAAAAUCAAAUCUCUCCUAUUCUUUUGGUCGCAUAUACGAACCACGCUCUCGACCAUAUGCUCAAGGGAAUCCUGGAUGCAGACAUCACCAAGAACCUUAUUAGAUUGGGCUCACGCUCGGCCGUUGACGAGCGAUUAGCUAGCUUUUCUCUCGACGAAGCGGAGAAGAUAUCGACCAAGUCAAGAUUGGAUCGAAAUAUCAACGCAGCAUAUCGUGAAAUGAGGGCCGCUGAAGCCGAGAUGUCUGGGCUGAUGCAGAAAAUCACUGAGCGCCAGAUUCCGCAGGAACACAUGGAGGAUUGUAUUUUGUCGUCAUAUCCUUUCCACUACGAGGAACUCUUUUCCAACAUGCCAUCCUGGAUUUCAACCUUGGUUAGUAAUGCUGCCGAAGCCGAUGGUGAAUGGGAGACUGUCGGAAAGACCGAGCAAGAUUUGUCAGUAAUCAAUUACUGGGCCACCGGCCGUGAUCUGCAAUUCUUGGAAGGACCAAAAGAAGACAAACCGCAGAAUAAGCAGAAACAAAAGUCGGAUGGUGGUAGCUCAAAUAAAUUUGGCGCUCUUGCGGACGGAGGUUCAACCAAAAAAGGAAAGGCUUCUUCAUCUGGGCUAGCGGCGCAACACCAAGCGUUUUUACUCGACUUUUUAUCUCAGCAUGGCCUUCAUCAAGUUCCGGCAAUUCCUCAAACUGCUCGCCCAUUGGAAGCACUAAAGGAAGACCCAAUGGUAUGGAGUAUGUCACUCACCGAGCGGAAUACCCUAUAUGAUAUCUGGUACGCUACUGCGAGCGAGUCAAUUCGAGAAUCCCAGAUUGAGGACUUUGAGAACCUGCGAAAGAAACACGCGGCUGCCAGGCAGUCUUUUGAAGAAAUCAAGGAACAGGGUAAAGUCAACAUUCUGCGACGCUCUCAUAUCAUGGCUGUACAACAACAGGGGGUUGAGCCUAAAGUCAUGAUUGUGGAAGAGGCGGGCCAGGUUCUCGAGUCGCACAUACUCGCGAGUCUGGUUGAAUCGGUGCAGCAUAUUAUUAUGAUUGGUGACCCUCUGCAACUGCGACCGAGUGUAAACUCAUACAAGCUUGCAACCGAUAACCCACACACAGGGCACAUAUGGAAAUUUGAUCAAAGUUUGAUGGAACGACUCUCGAAAUCAGGAUUCCCAAUGUCUCAGAUUGACGAACAAGGAACACUCAGGCGAGCAUUCAGGAGAUCUCUCUACCCCAAUCUCAAAGACCACGAACUCGUCAAAAGAUAUCCAGAUGUGUAUGGAAUGCACAAAAAUGUGUUCUUUGCAAGGGACUAUAAUAAGGAAGGAAACAUCGUCGUCUUGGCUGCGUACCUGGGACAAAUACCGAAGAUCAGACAAAGGCUGCGCGAUAUAGUAACAACUAUUGUGGAUGAACGUGAUGCCGAGCUAUUGGAACAGCAUGGUAUUGAAGACGAAGAGACGACUACAGUUCAAGAGUCAAAGUCUCGAAGCACGUCCUUAUUCGGGGAAGAAGGAGAGGUCGUUAUUCUCAGUCUGGUAAGGAACAGUGGCACGCCAUUUGAUGGCCAUGUAUCGAGCCUCCAAUAUACGGGUGGAAGGUCAACCAUUGGAUUUUUGCGGUCUAAAAACCGCACGAACGUUGGACUUUCUCGUGCAAAGCAUGGCAUGUAUAUAUUCGGCAAUGCGCCUGAAUUGGCAAGAGAGCGAUAUGUGGGGACUAUUCUUCAAGAGCUCCAUCAUCAGGCAGUAUUGGAGAUGGGUUGCCCAUUACAUGUCACCGCCACCCAGAUUAUGUGGAAUGGGUUAGCAGCCCGGUAG